UUAAUUAUGUGUUGCUAUAUAUAAAACUGCGUUAAUGAACGUUAAUAAAAAUAAAUACUUGACUAGUUAUGAACUCAUAUUAUGUACUUCAAAACGAAGUUGCAAUUCAAUUUUGAAAGUGAAGUUUACAAGUGAAUGUUGUUAAAACAAUAUGCCAGGCGGUGUUGUUUUUUUAGUUUGCAUUCCCACAUUAAGUUACGAGCAUGAACUUGUAUUUGGAUUUCCGAUAAAAAAAGACAAAAAGCCAAUAAAACCAAAUAAAAUGGAUUUACGGCUUAAAGAUACAAAAUCGACAAAAAAUUUAAUACCUUUAGGUGCUGAAGACACCGAUGAUUAUAAUGAGGCAGAAGACGUUGAUGAUCAAAUUGGCAAUACUCUCGUCACUUUUCCUGGACGAAAAAUUCCCACAAGGGAUCGUAAUUUUUCAACACCUAGAAUGCGUCCAAAGGAUCCUGUUUUUGUUUCAAUGGAAACGGUCUUAGCUGAACUACUGAAAAAACUGAGAGUAGAACACGUUGUGUGGUGCAAAGAUAGAGGAAAUAUGUAUUACGAGGUAAUUUUUCCAGUUCCUGCCGGUGAUCCUUGUGAGAAUUGUCUUCAUUGUUUAACUGAAAUGGGAAUAGGAGUUAAAAUGAAUUCUAUCGUAAGUGUGAUACCAACUCAAUGUACUUACAGUGGAGUAGGACAUGUGGAAGCGGCUGCAAUCAAAUUAGAAGAAGAACGUAGAAGAAAAACUGAACAACGAAGAAAUGACUGGGAGAAUUUUGUGUCCUCAAUCCGUUCAAAAUUAACUGUUAAACAAGUUGUCGAUGGUGUACAAAGCGGUGGCGAUUUAACAUUUGAUUAUAUUUUAUUAGUGCUAACUGCUGAUUGCCUUGCUGCUCUUGGAUUAGUUGAAAACAGUGCAACAAAUGUCGUUGCAGCGAUGUUAGUUUCUCCUCUAAUGGGUCCAGUGAUGUCGCUGACAUUUGGUACUGUUAUAGCUGAUAGAAAUUUGCAAUUCAUUGGAUUCAAGAGUUUGAUGCUCGGAAUUUUUCUAUCUAUUCUAUUUGGUUUUAUCUUUGGUCUCGUUCUUGGUACAACCGAAAUGCCUUGGGGUUAUAAUGAUUGGCCAACAGAUGAAAUGAAGGGCAGAGGAAAUUAUAGAUCAUUGUGGAUGGGCGUUCUUUGGGCUUUACCAUCUGGUACGGGUGUUGCUGUGGCUCUUCUUCAAGGCAGUAAUGGUCCAUUAAUUGGAGUUGCAAUUUCUGCAUCUUUAUUGCCACCUGUUGUCAAUUGUGGAUUAUUUUGGGCCCUUGGAUGCAUUUGGCUUAUUUAUCGUCCAAUUAAAAUGCCUCACAUUAAAGGUGAAUCCUAUACAGAUUUCAACAGUUCUUAUCAAUAUGUCUACACUGAUUAUCUACCUGUUGAAUUUUUCUGCAAUGGUAUCAUCAGUGCAUGUUUAACGUUUGUAAAUGUCGUUUGUAUUUUUAUCACUGCAAUUAUUGUUCUUAAGAUCAAAGAAGUUGCAGCUCCUUACACAUCAACACCAGAACUUCGACGAUUUUGGGAACAUGAUAUUCGUUUAGUUCGCGAUAAAAACAUAUCGCGAGAUAACAGUUCGCUCGAUUCUAGCUUUUAUGAUGGAUUAAGUAAAAUGAAGAAACAAGCUUUGGAACGUACCCUCAACGAAGCAGUUCUUGAAGCAAUUGAUGAUGACACCUUUCGCAAAGUUCAACGAGCCAGUUAUGGGCAACAUGGAGCUGAAGACAUAUCUCCGAGAAUUGGAUUACGUAACGCUUUAGGGGAAGCCGAUGUCAAAGGCAAAGUAGCAGAGAAAAAUAUCGAUACUUCUCAUCCAACUGAAGGUUUACCAAAUCAAUUGCAAGCCAAUACCACUGAAGAUCUUGCAGCUCUUGACAGACUCAUAACAUACUUACUUGGUCAACCAUCCACCACAAAUAAUUCCAAUAAUUCGGGAAAUUCAAAUUUAGACAAUUGGCAACGUUCUUUUCGCGCUAGUGCAAGGGGUUAUCGGCCAUUGAGAUCAAAUGAAAAUCCCGGCGAAUCUUCAAACGGAAUUAACACUACACCAUUGUAAAGAUAAAU